GCGCCGUUAUCUAGUAGAAGCAGCGGCUCAAAGUCAUGGGUGGGCGAGGAGCCGCAAUCUGCAACCCCAAAUCCCUCCUCCCGCUUCUUUUCUCCUCUCGUCUCGCGCCCAUCCGUCGGAUUUCCCAUCUUACGGUCCGCAUGGCCUCGCCGCCAGAUCCCUCCGCCCCUCCCCCUCCCUCCUCCGCCCCCUUCUCCUCCGCCUCCUCCGCUUCCUCCGCCAUUGAUUUCCUCUCCCUAUGCCACCGCCUCAAGACAACGGAGAGGACUGGGUGGGUGCAGCGUGGCGUCCGAAAGCCGGAGUCUGUGGCAGACCACAUGUACAGGAUGGGCAUCAUGUCCCUCGUUUUCGAGGAUAUUCCCGGAAUCAAUCGAGACAGGUGUGUAAAAAUGGCGCUUGUGCACGAUAUUGCUGAAGCCAUUGUUGGUGACAUAACUCCAUCUGAUGGUGUCCCAAAGUUGGAAAAGAGUCGAAGGGAACGUGAAGCCUUGGACUAUAUGUGCAAGGUACUUGGUGGGGGGUCUAGAGCUAAAGAGAUAGGUGAAUUGUGGAUGGAAUAUGAAGAUAACUCUUCACCUGAAGCAAAGUUAGUCAAGGACUUUGACAAGGUCGAGAUGAUCCUCCAAGCUCUAGAGUAUGAAGAUGAGCAAGGAAUUGAUCUGGAAGAAUUUUUUGAGUCUACUGCAGCUUUGCAGGAAAAUUCAAGACCGAUGUAGGCAAAGCAUGGGCAUCAGAAAUUGUGUCAAGAAGGAAACGAGGAAAGUAAGCCAGGAUCUCGUGUGUGAGCGACUUGGUUCUGCUGCCUCUUGUUUACAAAUUGGCAAUCAACUCUCAAGCCGCUAAUCUUUCUCUAAGCAAUUAAUGCUCGAAAAGCUGCUACUAAGCUAGGAAUAAAAGUGAAAUCAGUUUUCAUUUUGAUGCCAAUUGACAAUACAUUAUUUUAGCUUCCACUAUCUUUGCUAGAACUCAUCCAUUGCCAUUUCUAUUUCUAGUUGAGAACAAAAUUCAGCUAAUGAAACACCAGCUUGUCAUGGUUUGAUCUUCUCA